CUCAAUUAGUUAUACGGGAUGGACAGCUGACGGCAAAGAUCGCAGGCCGAGUACAAGCAAGAUCAGCUGACGUGCAUUAUCUACCACCGCUUGGAUGACUUCUUACUAAAUUUACGAGGAUGGAUGAGAAGUAAAUCCUAUUCCCGGCAGGUCGCCGUUCCACAAUCAAAACUCGGAAUUUACGGCUAUCGCUCGCCUAGGGGCUUCAUCAGAUGCGUCAGGCCCCUUAGCUCCUUUUCAAAUACCAUUACUCCCGCAAUUAUAUAACUUCGCUCUCUUUUCCCCAUGUGCCCCACAUCUACCCCACAUUCAUCGAUGUCCGCUACGAUCCCAAGGUCCACCUCGACUGUCACAGUCCGUGCCAUCAACGCUGGCAAGAUCACUUUUCUGCCUGCCUCGCUGUUUUUCGAGCCCGUUUUACAGGGGUAUGAAGGAUUAUCGGGACCGGUAUACACGUUUCUUAUCGAGCACCCAACGAAGGGAAAGAUUAUGUUUGAUUUAGGGAUGAGGAAGGAUCAGGAGAAGUAUGCACCUGCGGUGCAAGGAUUCUUCGACCUGUUCAGGGAGCUGGGCGGGUACAAUAUGGGCGUUGACGAUGGUGAAACGGUCAGUGAGCAGCUGGUGAAGGGAGGAGUGGAUCUGGGCAGUGUGAAUGCUGUCAUUUGGAGUCAUACCCAUUUCGACCAUAUCGGUGAUAUAUCAACAUUCCCAUCUACCACGGAGCUGGUAGUUGGACCCGGGACGAACCUUCGUACCUACCCUCAAGAUGAGGACGCGCACCUCAUCGAAAACGAUACCGCCGGGCGUAAAGUAACUGAACUCUCAUUCUCCGAGACAACACUACACAUUGCAGACCUUCCCGCUCUGGACUAUUUUGGUGAUGGAAGUUUCUACAUUCUUGACACGCCCGGUCAUCAUCCAGGUCAUGUCUCCGGUCUCGCACGUGUAACACCGACGACCUUCGUCUUGCUCGGAGGCGAUUGCUGCCACCAUGUUGGCGACAUCCGUCCCACACCGCACCAUCACUCACUCUGUCCCUGUCCCGCUUCACUCCUUCAGAGCGCGACGCACUCCCUCUGUAAAUCCCACUUCCCCGAAAUCACGUCCGAACCCUUGCUGAAGAUUCCUCCACCACCUGCACCCUCCGUAUACAAAGAUUAUGAGGCGACGAUGCGGUCGCUAGGGCAUUUGGCACGUCUUGACGCGGACCCGGAUGUGCUGAUGAUUAUUGCGCAUGACGGAACUGCGCCUGGUGUGGUAGAGGCAUUUCCGGCCGGCGUCAAUGGGUGGAAGGAGAAAGGCUGGAAGGAUAAGUUGAUGUGGAGAUUCCUGGAGAAGGACGGGGGAGGCUGGAGGUUUGGCUGAGGCUUGUGCUGGGCAUGUCGAAUUUGUCCUAGGGACGGGCCGGGAUGCCGCGGAAGAUGGGAACAGAUUGUUUUGGAUGCGGUCUCUUUCCCGAAAGGACGAACAUGUCAGAAGGCAGUUGAAGAGCAAAUAUUUACUCACUCCGGUGCCUAGUGCUAUUGAUCACAUAAGUAUCAUCUCAAGGUGGCCGGAAGAGUUCUGCGUUCGACACUUGCGUGCAUGCGUUCAACUGCUCUCCAGAGCCCAAGAUCAGUAUGACGACCUCAAGAAUAGAUAUUGUUGCGUA